AUGUCAUCCAACGAGGUGAAACGCCGCGCGGUGCCCAAGUUCACCUCAUUCGCGCCAGCCACACCAGCCCCGGAGGUUGACUCCGUGAAACAACCAUCGACAGACCAAGGUUCAUCAAAAGAUCAGGAGAAGGACGACCGUGAAAGACGACACCGCCAUAGGGACCAUGAUCGGGACCGUCACAGAGACAGUGAUAGGGAAAGAGAAAGGAAGACGGAAGGGAGGAGGGGAAGGGAGAAGGACAGGGACAGGCAUCAUGACAGGCAUCACAGUCGACAUAAUGAACGAGAUCGCCAUCAUCGCAGACGGUCGGCCAGCCCAGCUUCGCAGUUGAAAGAAAACCACUCUUCGCGUCAUGAACCAUCACCGCCCAUCCAGAGUAACAACGUCUUCUACUUCGACAAGAAGGAGGACCCCUUGAUUUGGCGCUAUGGCGGGAAUGAGCGCUCAAAGAUCCCAUCUUACCGCCGCUUCGGUGCUGGAAAAGUCAUUGGUUCCCCAGGAUACCUGUCCACUUACUUCGAAGGCUCGAAAGAACUGUUCACCAUCAGAGGCCUGGGCGAGGGUAGGGGCAGCGGUUCGGUCUUUAGAGAUAAGAUUCUGAUGAGCUGGGCCAGAGCCAAGGGAGCGAAAGCAAAGCACAUCAAAUCUGGCGUGAAUGGUGAAAAUGGAGCAUCAGCGGCAGAAGACGUCGAUGGCGACUUUAUAUCUCUCGAGCCCCCAAGGAAACGGCAACGAGCUGAAAAAUCAUCAGAACCUGGCGAUGGUGAAAUGACACCAGACUACAGGUCGAUCUAUGGCAAAGCCAAGUCAGAAGAUGAGGAAUCGGAUGCUGAUGAAACAUCCUCCGAUUCGGAGAGCGAAGACAAGGUGGGAAGUCAUCUAUUGGACAUGUCAGCUGCCAAGAAGAGAUCACUUGAACUCCAUCGCCAGAUCAAAAACAGCCCCGGAGACACCAAAUCUUGGCUCGAGUUAAUUGCGUUGCAAGACACCCUCUUCAGGGAGCACCAACUGGAGGGCCAGUCUAUAAUGGGCGUUCAGGUAAAAGCUCUGGCCGAGCUCAAGCUAUCUCUCUAUGAAGAGGCCCUGCCUCACGCAACCGACAUCUCUCUCAAAGACACUCUGUUAGACGGAAUGAUGCGUGAGGGUGAAAAGGUGUGGGAUCCCAAGCAGCUUGCGAAGCGCUGGGAAGAAAUCACCAAGGCCAACCCCGACAGCUUCCUCUUGUGGGUUUCACAACUAAACUUUGAGCUCUCGCAGGUGGCGACCUUCACGUACGAUGAAAUGAAGAAUGUCAUGAUGACCAAGUUGCAAUCCUUGAGCCAAGCUCUACCAGCAGCCGCGUCUUCGGAUGGGAACAAAGCUGCAACGCUCUGCAGCCAGCUGAUUUACGUUUUCAUCAGGCUAACGUGCUACCUUCGGGACUCGGGAUACGUCGAGCUGGCUGUUGCCACGUGGCAAGCAACUCUGGAACUGAACUUCUGCCGGCCUAGUAAUGCGUCGGAUAUCCGAUCGGUUAUGGAGGACUUUGCGGACUUUUGGGAGAGCGAAGUGCCACGGAUAGGAGAGAAAGAUGCCAAAGGUUGGCGUCACUUUGUUAAAGACAUAGACGAUAUGGCCGACCCACCAGAAGCAGUAACAAGGAACCCACCUAGAACACCUCAGACGAGGGAUCCAUUCAAGACUUGGGCGUCGCUGGAGCGACAACAGGCGUCAGAGGCAACAAUGCCGGCCCGUACUCUGGACGAAGGAACGGACGAUGACCCAUUCCGAAUCGUCAUGUUUUCGGAUAUCAAAGACUUGCUGCUGUGGUUCCCAGUCCAGGUACUAUCACAAGCGCAACCUCAGCUGGUUGAGGCGUUGUUGACGUUCUGUCGACUUCCUACCCGGUCGAAUUCAGCGCUGAAAGACCCAUUCAUUGCGCCCCCCGGUCAAGCCUUCGACUCUGCCAUGAACCAACUAGGCCGUCAUGAGGCUUCGACUUCGGUGGAGAUUGAGAGAAAGCCACCACUGUUUGGACAACAAGGUGGGAAUAUGGCUCUCUCGCAAGAGCUCCUCUUUUCCGGACAAGACUGGUUUCAGUAUCUCGGUCAACGGUCUGCUUUCAGUCAAGAGGCGGAUGGUGAAGUUGAUCUUGGCUGGGUACUCGAGACACUGCGCUACCUGGUCCUUGGCUGUGGUGUUGAACAACUGGCUGAAUACUAUCUGGCACUGGCAUGGCCCCAUGAGCCUUCUGGAGCUAAGAAGGUCGCCAAGGGGCUGCUGAAAAAAUACUCAUCGAACAUGAAACUAUACAACGCAUAUGCCAUGAUCGAGUAUGCGAACGGAAACGCCGACAUGGCUGAAAAGGUACUACUCUCGGCAACGAGCCAAAACGCUGUCGACAGCCAGAUACUAUGGAACACCUGGGUAUGGAUGCACCUGAAGGCGGGCAGAAAUCAACUCGCUCUGCUUCGGCUGCUGUCUUCCGUGGACAGUACCAUAGAUGUGAAGAGUAGCUCGUCAGGGUCGCCAGCUUUGCUUCUUAAAGCAAGAUCUCACUUCUCUACCAAACGAGACUACUCCCUCUCCUCUUACCGACUCGAAUCAGCACUCCAAUAUGCCGAAAGCUUUGCCCUUCUCGAGUACCUCUCAACAACCUCGGGCGAAAACAGCAGCAGCACCAAAUCCCCAAGCCAAGGCAACAUUGCUUCCGCCCUCGCCAACAUCCAAUCCUUUGCCACCGAGCUUCACUCUUUAGGCCACCAAAUCCCCCACGAACGCCUCCUCCAAACCGCCGCUUGCCUGCUUUACCACCACGCAACCCACGGCCCUUACAAGCCAUCCACCCUCCGCCAACAUCUCCAUAACUUCAUCCAUCUCUUCCCGCACAACACGAUGUUCCUCUCCCUCCUGGCCUGGGCAGAGCAAUCUACUCUCCGAGUCAACGACCCAGUCCGCUCCAUCGUGCGCGAGAGCUUGUCCUCGUUUUCUGGGAAUGAAUUCACCAGGCCAGAAGACAUUCACACAGCAGUACAUGUACCGAUCCCAAUAUCCACAUACCGCUUCGCAAUCGAAUAUGAGCUCCUCUCCGGCGCCGGCCUCAGGCAGCCCGGCACCGCAACGAUCCACUCCACCAAAGCCGCUUUCGAAGCCGCUGUUUCGGAUCCUGCUGCUUGUAAAUACAGUGUGGACAUAUGGAUCGGGUACAUCCGGUUUCUUAGGCAGGUGUAUUUGCAAGCACUUUCUUUAUCCUCCUCCGGAUUUUCUGCCAAGACAGGGGCUCGUGAGAGUGGUAAGAAAAAGACGGAUGCGCAGACGGCGAGCGCGCUCAAGUCUCUCAAAGAUGUGUUUUAUAGAGCUGUUGCUGCUUGUCCUUGGAGUAAGAGGCUUUAUAUGGAGGCGUUUUCUUCAGAAGCGCUAGUGAACGAGUUGAGCAGUGGGGAGUUGAGAGCGGUGGUGGGGACGAUGGUGGCGAAGGGGUUGAGGGUGCAUGUCGAUUUUGAUGGGUUUGAGAGGAAGUGGAAGGAAAAGGAGGAAUAA